AUGGAAGCACAUUCAACAACUCAAAACAAUGCCAAUCGAUACCGCCUGAAAUUUACCAAUGGUCUCCCUCCCGGCACUGACACGAUGAACCAAGUCAAAGACAAUCCCAGACUACCCCGUCCUCCUCCCGAAGCCAAAAGGACUUUGCCACCACUUCCACCCAAAUCCGAACGCAAAGGAAAAUGGAUAAAUUCAUACUUGAACAAGCUCGAUCCAGAAACCGAAUACGACCAGAUCAUCCGUACCCAUACAUUCUACCGCAGUACAGACUUCGCCACAGCCUUAGGCUACACCGCAGUCUUCGUCUGGCUCACUUCAACGCCGACAGACGCAGCCGCCAUCCAUGGCGGGAAGGUCAUCACUCGAGACGAAACCAAAGUUCACAUCGAGACGAUCAAUAAGACACAUGCUGCUGUGUGGAAACGAGUUCCUGGAGCAUUUAGCUUCGCGUGGGAAGCACAAGCAGCUAUCAUAUUACUGUCGUGGUAUGAGUCGUUCAUCCGUAGGACAGUCGGCGCAAAGCAUCCGGUUGAUCAGGUUGUCAAAGACGCAUGGCCGGCAUGGGGCGAGCGGUUGACAGGACAUUUUCGAUCGGAGCCAUCGAAUGGUUCGAUUCCGUUUGGUAUCAACUACCCGCGAUCAUGGCAAGAGAUAGAAGACUUCGUCGUUUGGUUUCAAGAAUUCGAUUGGGAUGAGCAAAGAACAGAUGAGGACCGGAUCAAAGGCCUUGAGACUUCUGAGGCUUUCACACAUCAGUUUUGCGAAUUGUGGUUUCCUCGACCACUCCAUUUCCUCGGCCGAGCCAUGGUUCUGACAUUCCUGCCACCCGCCAUUCGAAGAAAGCAAGGUCUUGAAGAUCCAAACUCGGUUCUCGAAUGGCUGAUUCGAUUCGCCAUGAGAGUUAUGAUCAACACAGGAGAUGCGCAGCCCGAUCCCAUGGAGGCACCUAUUGAAUCCUUCUAUCAUGAUCUUCAGCGUUGGAACCUCAGCACAAUUGACCGAGUCGAGAUGGUCCGUAGGGAUAAGCAGAGCUUUCAUCUGAGGGCCACGGGGUGCUUGUCUACUUAUGACGGUGAUCGGGCCAGUCUUGUAUUUUCUGCUGGCACACAAAUGAUCGAAGAUAAUGAUUGA